GUGGAGGUUGUGUUUGGGGGGGUGGAAGAGGUACAGGUGCAGGAACUGGAGAUGGUGCGCAGUUCGAGUUCCGAAGGGCCGGUUCUGCUGGGGGUUGGGGAGCAGAGUGUUACUGCUGACGGUGUUGAAGGGUUGGAUGAUGGUAGGGGGGAUGGCCUGCAGUCGCCACAGGAACUGCUCGAUGGUCUACGGGAGCAGUAUCUGCAGGCGUUGUAUGUUUCCAAGACUUCCGUGGCGUAUUUCGCCAAAGGCCCUCUGGCACGAUGUCGUGCUGCCUUCCAGGCAGGGAAUGAGUCGGCGAAACCGGUGCAGUUGGUCGAGUUUUACAGAGAGGCUGUUCUCACGGCCAAGAGGAUGGAUCACAAGUAUCGCGAAACUCUACCAUCUACAAUUCAGGACCUCCUGCUCAGCGUGUCGGAUGACGAGGCGCAGCCGAAGCGCAAGCGCAAGAACUCCAAGAAGAAACUCGGCAAGAAUGGGCUGUAUCCUGAGGAAGGGGACUUGAUUCGCAAGUGGUGGCGGGAUCGUGCACUCGACCAGGGUCUUCCGUCGGAGAUGUCGAGAGAGGCAGAGUCGAAGAAGCAUGUUGCGGAUUUGCGGUUGCGCGAAACGCAGCUGCAGAUUCUGUUGAUUCUCGAGACCAUGGCUCUGGAGGCGACUAUGGCCGACGAGAAGCACGAGGGCAAUGGAGAGGGCACCGACAAGCCUACAAAGAGUGUCAAGAAGCCGCAAGACCUGACUGUCAUGCUGGAACUUCACCUCGACCGACUGUGCAUCUGGCAUGCCGUCAGCUUCGAGGAGACUGUUGUUCCUGACACGGCCAAGAACUACGGCAGCAACCAUCUCUCGGGGAAGAAGGUCGAGAGCGAUGCCGUCCGUGAUUUCUGCACCGAGGUCAUCGUCCCGUUCUACGCAUCGCGUCUGCCGGACAAGUGCAAACUGAUUACACGCAAGUUGGGCGUCUCGACUGCGAUCUCGCCCUUUACGAAGCAGCCUCAGAAGGCGACACGGGAGCCGGGAACCCCGGUGGAGCGACAGCACGCGCAGAAGCAGUCUCGUCGUCGCGCGUUCCAACGCGUAUUGACGGACCAGGCGCCGUCCCAGACUCGCCAUCCCCCAUCCCUCACUCGCUCGAACACGACCCCGGCAGCCGACACGAAACGAGACUCGCUGGAUCCUCUGCUGCCCACCCUCAGCGCCAAUGUGCGCGGCGGCAUCCAGAAAGCCAAACGGGUUGAGAACCGCGAGGUGGAUCUCAAUGCGGUGGCACGCCAGCACGAGACCAAAUUGAAGAAGAUGCAGAUGCUGGUGGAGCAAAAGAAAGAGCUGGACGCUGCGAUUCACGCCCUCCGCAAACCGAACCGCGAGCUGGUGGCCAAGGAUAUUGCCGAAGAUGCCGACAAACGACUGACCACCGGCAGUUCCAGGAAGCCCAAAAACCCCGUCCGAAACCCUCUGGGCCAAGGCGUGCAGGUCGCCGCCACGCCCAAGGGGAGUCGCAAGAAGGAGGCCAUGGCCAUGCCUCUACCGAAGAGUCUCUCUCAACCGUCCUUCAAGGGAUCUUCCCCGUUCACGAGCGAGCCGCAGAUCGUUCCCGGCUCUAAUAUCCGCCCCAGCUCAAUUUCAGGGCUCUUCCGAUCCGCCGACCUCGGGGCGAUCCAGGAAACGCCCACGCGGCGGCCGUCGCAGCCACAGACCAGUGAUCUGAACGCAUCACCCAGUCUUUCAGGACCCCUUUUCCGCGUUCCCAGCAAGCCAGUUACCACAGCCUCCGCCCCGAUGACGAAGGCCACGGAAAUGGGCCCAUCGACGCCGAUCGCCGCCCGACACGUGGACGCAUAUCUGCCCCGAGUCAAAUCCAUCCAAAGUAGGCCAUCAAUGAUCAUGGAUACGCCGCCAAAAUUGGGUGUGGCCAAUACUCCCAUUCCGGUCUCUGUGCCUGUGAUCACGAACAGGAUGCCCGAAUCUGGGUCAGGGGAGACCCCUGUGAAGGCCAGCAGCACCAGUAUUGCUGCCACUCCAGCACAAGUAUUUGCUACGCCUGUGAAAAGUGCCCGGUUAGCCGUGCCGAGUAUGUCUGCGGUGCCGGUGACUCCAGAGAAAUCCAUCUAUGCGCAGUUGGGAUGGGAUGAUGAUUUUGCCUGAUUCUGUUUACUUGUGUGGGUUAGCGGGCGUUCAUAAUACCUGGUAGAUUUAUGAUGACCAUGCAUUACAUAGUUAAUUACUAUUCUUUCUCAG